ACCACGCAACCCUUGGGCAAAAAGAGACCACAUACCAGGCUCCGUUAGCAAUACAAGAAAAGAUGCCAGCUCCCACCCACCUCAUUUCCAAGGUUGGAGAUCCAAUCUUCGCUGUCUUCAUUGGACUCUCUGCUGCUGCGACUCGGAUCAAUCGAGAAGAGAAGGAACUUGGACGCUCUACUGCCGAUACGUUGAAUACUGGAAUGAGGUAGGUGCAAUCAUUUUGCUUGGGAACAUAGGCAUCUCAGCUAACUCUGUACUUGGAGGCGACUUGGCCUUCGGAAGGAUGAAGCUGUAGCUGCCAAAAAGGGCUGAAGAGAGGGAAGGUGCGGAUAAUGUAAAACUAGAAUCCACCAUCAGAAGUAAAGGUGCAGGUUUGAGACGCAAGUUUUGGAAGGAAGGAAGCAUUGAGAGGAAUGGGCUCAUGCACAUGUAAUUCAUCAAGUCCUCGUCCUCUGGUCUUUCUUUUGGUCGGGCCUCUUUCAAUACCCUUACCAUCAUCCAUCAUCCAUCCGCCAUUGCUCUACAGUAGACUUGGCUCUGGCU